UUGUAAUGGCAGCAGAAACGAGAAACAAACCCUUCAGAGUUUCCACACACUCAAGAACAAAGAGGCACUCUCAGGUGGGAGCCAUAGCCUCUCUGCGUCCACAGCGAUGAGCUGUCUCUGACUACCGGAGCGUAUCACAUUCCAAACGAAACCAGGCGAGAUGAGAGCCGCCGUCAUGUCCUUCAUUCUCCUUAUCGUAGUGUCGGAGAGCGUGUGUGACAUACAAGUUAAAGGAUUUGUAGGUGGUGCCCUCCUCAUUAAGUGUAAAUUUGACGAGAAGUAUAAAGACAAGAACAAGUUUUUCUGCAAGAGCAGGGACAACAGGUGUCCAUUCGAAAGUCAGGCCAAGGACAGCAGAUAUAAAGAGUUCCAUGAAAGAGCUGAGCGGCUGUAUGUGGUCUUCAUCAAACAACUGGCCCUUACGGACACUGGGGAUUACCGCUGUGUGCUGGACAAUGAUGAGAACAAGUACACUGAGGUGACGAUUAACAUUAGACCAGAUGAUUGCUGCACCCAGACCCUCACAGUCAACAGUCAUGUUGGAGGACAUGCUGACAUCCCCUGCAAGUAUCCGAGUGAGUCAAAGGACAACAGGAAGUUUUUCUGCAGGCAGAGGAAUGUAUUCACCUGUGGCAACCUGAUCUCAGCCUCCAGCAGGAGGUUCUCUGUUGCUGACGAUAAGGCCCAGAGCAUCUUCACCGUGCGCAUAAGUAACGUGUCCAGCAGCAGGGAUUCUGGGGUGUACUGGUGUGGAGUCAGGACCGGGGGCAACACUGACAGCGUGACUCUCCUCACAGAGGUCACACUAAAAGUGCAAGACCCAGAGAGGCCGACUCAGCCUCCAUCGCUGCCACCAGCAGUUUCACCUUUAAUCAUAGGGGUUUGUCUGACUCUUGCUGUGCUGAUGUUCAUCAUUGUCUUCAUGUACCUCAGGCGCAGACACAACAGAACAUCUAAUCCCACCCCCCCAUCAGGUGAUCUUAUCACAAGGACGCCCAGAGACAAGGAACAGACCUGUGCUGAUCGUGAGAUUAAUGACCCAGACCGGCCUCCUCCUCGUCCGCUAACAGAGCGCAGAUCCCCAGUCUCAAAUACCCGGGAAGAAGGUCACCCCGCUGACAUCAUUGACCCCUCGGACCCUACUGACCUCUCCGACGGCCCCAGCUACGCCACCGUCCACUUCCACAGGAAUCCUGAGCAGCGGAGCCGCGACAGCACGGGUGAUGCUCAGCAGGCGGAGGACAGCAGCUGUGAAUACGCCACCGUCAAGCAUUAGUGCUGAGGAAGGAGGGGAGACACACACACACACACACACACACACACACACACACACACACACACACACACACACACACAAACACACACACACACACACACACACACACACACACACACACACACAAACAUUACUCUGUGAAUAUGCCACUGUAAAGCAUCAGUGCUGAGGAAAGAGGGAGACACAGAGUGUCUGGGUUGGAAUGAGUCUCUCUCUCUCUCUCUCUCUCUCUCUCUCUCUCUCUCUCUCUCACACACACACACACACACACACGCACACGCACACAAACAUGUAGUGCGCUCACACAUGUAACUCUACCACUACUGAUAACUCUUAAGAAUGAGCUAGGUAUGCACAGAGUGAUGAAUACCUCCACUUGUUCUUGUACAGGCCAUGGGUACCUCCAAGAUGGACUAUUGUAACUCACUGUUAGCUGUUAGCCUACCUGCUUGUGUAGUAAUAUUGUUACAGUUGAUUCAGAAUGCUGCAGCACACCUGGUCUGCAAUUAUCCAAAGAGGACACAUGUAACUUCUCUCACAAGUUACUCUCCACUGGCUGCCUAUAGUGGUCAGAAUUCACUUUCUCACUUUGGCCUAUAGGACACUGACUGGAUCUGCUUCCUGCUGUCUUAAUUCAGCGAUCAAGAUGUAUAUCCCCAACCGCCCACUGCGGUCUUCUGAUGAAUGUAUGUUGUGUUAACCAGUCAUAAACGCUAGGUCAAAUUUAAGACUCUUCCUCAGUGGUCCAUGUUGGUGGGUUGGUGGUGUCCACUCAUAGUUUUGGGCCUUUCAAGAGGAGUCUAAUGGCAUAUAGCAUCUGUUCAACAUACUUACUUGAUUAAGUGUUUCUUAUGGGUUAUGGUUUGUAUAGUAGAAUUAGUAUUUGUUUCUUUUCAUUAGGCUAUUGAUUAAAUUGACAUUGUUGUUUAUUAUUGCUAGUCUCCUUAAUGU